GGCGGAGAGUGGCGGCAGAUGAGCCGCCGGGCAGGAGACUUCCCGAAAGCCCGCCUCCUGACAGCUGUGAGCCUUGUGGACCCGCGUUGUGACAGGUGUAAGGUGGGAUUCAAAUCACCAGUAACAUAAGCAUCUUCCAGAUGUGAAGAGUUACCAGUUCUCAGGGGAGCAGUGAUCUACAGGUUCUGAAAAGACAGAGAAACUAGCGAAUCUGUAUGGCUACCCCAGAUGGGAGAGUGGUCUCCAGACCCCAGGGACAUGGUGGGGAGCUGAAGGGAAGUGGCACCUGCCUGAGUCUGCUGGACCACCCGGAGCAGAAGGAGACCCAGGAGCUGGCACCAGGCCAGCUGGCCAUGCUGAGGAAGGCGCAGGAAUUCUUCCAGACCUGUGACACUGAAGGCAAGGGCUUCAUCGCCAGAAGAGACAUGCAGAGGCUCUACAAGGAGCUGCCCCUUAGCCUGGAGGAACUGGAAGAUGUGUUCGAUGCCCUGGAUGCUGAUGGCAAUGGCUUUCUGACCCCAGAGGAGUUCACCACUGGAUUUAGUCACUUCUUCUUCAGUCAGAAUAAUCCAAGUCAGGAGGAGGCAGGUGAACAGGUGGCUCGGCUCCAAGAGGAGAAGGUGUACCAGUCCAGAGGGGAUGCGGAUCCCAGAGACAUAGACCAAGAUGAGGAAGGCCAGUUCCAGAUGCUGAUGGACAAACUCGGAGCCCAAAACAUUUUGGAAGAUGAAGGCGACAUCAAGCAACUCUGGCUGCAACUGAAGAAGGACGAACCUCAUCUACUGUCCAACUUUGAAGAUUUUCUAACCAGAAUUGUCUCCCAACUCCAAGAAGCCCACAAGGAGAAGAAUGAACUGGAGUGCGCCCUAAAAAAGAAAAUUGCUGCUUAUGAUGAAGAGAUCCAGCAUCUCUAUGAGGAGAUGGAACAACAAAUCAAAAGCGAGAGGGAACAGUUUCUCCUGAAAGACACGGAGAGGUUCCAGGCCCGCAGUCAGGAGCUGGAAAAGAAGCUGUUUGCUAAGGAGCAGGAGCUGGAGAGACUCAACCAGAAGCAGAAAAAGCUGGAAGGCCAGUGUACAGCCCUGCAUAAUGACAAGCAUGAGACCAAGGCUGAGAAUACCAAGCUGAAGCUCACUAACCAGGAACUGGCACAGGAGCUGGAGCGGACCGCCCGGGAGCUCCAGGAUGCUCAGCAGCAGCUGGAAAUCCUCCAGCAAGAGGCCUGCAAACUGCAGCAGGAGAAGGAGAUGGAAGUGUACCAUGUGACAGAGAGCCUCCAGCGGGAAAAGUCUGGGCUCCUGAAGCAGCUGGAUUUCCUAAGGGAAAGGAACAAACACCUUCGGGAUGAACGGGACAUAAGUUUUCAGAAAGAAAAGGCAGCCAAGGCGAACACGGCUGCCCCCAAGGCAAACUGGAAGCAGAGAUCUGGUUCUGUGAUCGGCAAAUAUGUAGAUGGCAGAGGGAUUCUUAGAAGCCAGUCAGAGGAGGAGGAAGAUGUGUUUGGCUUGCAGAGGAGGAAGAGCUCCCUGGGCCUGAGUGGAUAUCCCCUCACAGAAGAGGAGUCAGGGACUGAGGAGACAGCGGCUGGGGGUCCACCCCGCCGGGCACUCCGUAGAAUCAUCUCUAUUGAGGAAGACCCCCUACCCCAGCUCCUGGGUGGUGGCUCUGAGCAGCCACUGAGCAAAUGCCCAGAAGAGGAGGAAGACUCUGAACAGGCAGAAGAGGGACAAAUCCAACAGGCCACGCCUUUGGAACUCACCCCCACAACUCCCAGAGGACAACCCGUUGGCAAAGAAGCCCUCUGUAAGCAGGAGGAAAGCUCUCCCUCCACCCCAGACCGGCUCUUCAAGAUUGUGUUUGUGGGCAACUCAGCGGUAGGGAAGACAUCCUUCCUCAGGCGGUUCUGUGAAGAACAGUUCUCCCCAGGCAUGGCGGCCACUGUGGGCAUCGAUUACCACGUGAAGACAGUGAAUGUGGAUGACUCCCAGGUGGCCCUGCAACUGUGGGACACAGCAGGGCAAGAGAGGUAUCGCUGCAUCACCCAGCAGUUCUUCCGGAAGGUCGACGGUGUCAUCAUCAUGUACGAUCUCACGGUCAGGCAGUCGUUCCUGUCAGUGCGGCAGUGGCUGAGCAGUGUGGAGGAGGCUGUGGGAGACCAUGUUCCCAUUCUUCUGCUGGGCAAUAAACUUGACAACGAGAAGGAGCGAGAAGUCCCCCGGGGCCUCGGAGAGCAGCUUGCCAAGGAAAAUAAUCUGAUCUUCUAUGAAUGCAGCGCCUAUUCUGGUCACAAUACCAAAGAGUCCCUACUCCAUCUAGCCAGGUUUCUCAAGGAACAUGAAGACACACUGAGGAAGGAUACCAUUCAGGAGUGAAGAAGUCCUUGAGAUCUGAGAAACCCUUCCCUCUACCUGAGCUUCUAUAUGCCCUGCGGGCGGCGAGCUGCCCAAGGAGGUGCUCAGUCCCUUGGGGAAGUCAGGGGAGGCCAGACAUCCUCAGGCAGGACUCCCUGUGCUGACAAGAACACUCUGCGAGGCUCUGCUCAGAAGAGAUGGGUGUGGAAAGACAGUAAAUCGGAUCUGAAGCUAGGAGUGAAAAGGCAGUUUACUUCAACAUAAAAAAAAAUUACAAUAUAGAUGCAUAAAAAAACCCACGACCAAUGUGGUCUGUUGCUGCAGGUUGAGAUCAAAACCUCAACUUGUCUUUCUGAGAAACAGAAAGAAGCUAAACAAAUUCAGUUAGAAGCCACAGGUCGGUCUUUAUGUGUUAUUCCUCCCUCCUUAUGAAGAGGGGUGAUUGGCAGGAUACAGGCACUUUCUGAACCUCUGACACCCCUUCCUACUUCUGUUGGUGUUUCUAUUAAUAGAUCUAUUAGUUACCAGCAAUAGCAAUAACACAGAACAUCAUAACUCCACCUUUCACACAAUUCAGUGGAACCAAUUUAAUCAAAGUGCCCUACUUAGAGAACAGUGCUAGAAAUCAUGGGGGUUGGGAAACCAUAUGGUGCUUGGCAGAUGACUGAAAUCAAUGUGGAAACUGAGGAGCACAGGUGAUGCUGUGUCAUUUAUCACCCUGGGGCCAGGGCUGAGUCAGGUCCAAGCACUGACCCUUGUUCUAAGCUAGGACUUCAUCAAGGCUUUGGCUAGGAUUCAAAAGUGGUACUUGGAGACCCUUGUUAUAGCACCAGGAGACUCUUCUUCCUACAAAUGAGGACACCUAGGACCAGUAAUGACUGUACUAUCAUAAUGAAUUAUGGCUAGAUUCAUCUGACCUAUAAAAAUAAAUACCGCCCAUAAAAACACUGCACUACUAAGCAAAAAUGCCUGAAGAAUGCAGAAAGAAGGGGAUUACAUUUUUUUAAACUUGGGAACAAGAAUUGAAACGUGGAUGUGGAACUCAGCAUGGAUUUGAGAAAUGCAAGGGUGGAAGUGGGGUUCACGGAGCAGGUGCUGCGCUGCGUCAAAUGCAGAGCGUCAGGUGUGGUCCAACAACAGGCGCACGGGCUCCUCAGCCCCUUUGUAAUGAUGCUAGUUGUACCAUUCCGCACCGUGGUUAUGCAAAUAUGCUGCCUACAAGGCUCUAAAGAGCAAAAAGCUGGACCAGGAACUGCUCCAAGUUCUGGAGGGCAGGAACAUUCAUCUCUGAGCCUCAUGUUUGGUCCAGUGUCUGGCAAACCACGUUUGCCUUAUAGGGAUUGAGAGCACAGCAUCAUUUCUUGAGGACAAGGUUUUCCCCCUCCAGGCUGGAGCUGCUCCACUGGAACCCCAGGGUCCCAAAAGUUGGACAACUGAGUCUCUGUGGCCUAGGCAGACUGAUGAAGUUUGCCUCCCUGGUUCAAAUGAGGUGCUGUCUCUGGCUUUUGCAAGAACAUCCUGGGGAACAUUCCAGCUCUGCGAUUCAAUGGCCUUCAGUGCGAUGCCCAUCAAAGCAUUCUCUCUCACCCCCCUGCAGCCUCUCCAGCUGCUGCCAGUGGCAAUCUAUUAUCCUCAGGCAGCCCAACAACUCAAUUUAACUUGGAUUCCAUGCCUCUGUGCAUACAAGAUGCGUCCUGCUCAGUUCUCUUUCUUCCUGGUGUGGAACCAGCUGUUUGUACCCAAUCGUACCUCUCCCAAAAGCUUCCUCUAGCCUCCGAAGACCUGCUCAGAAUAAGAACCUGCAUACAAAUUAUUAAACCUUGGGCAAAAUCUGGAACAGCUGGAUUCUCUGAAUCCACUUCCACAUCUGUAAAAUAACACUCUGUCUUACCAACCUCUCACUUAUUUGGGAAAGCAAAAAAGUCUAGGGAAAGAGUUAAAUCAAUGGAAAAGCUCUGAAUAACUGAUGGCUACUACAUCAUCAGCUGUUCCCCGCCCCCACCUCUGCACUCUAUGCAAAAGGCCAAAGCACAACAAGGUAGGAUAGAGAGACUGUUCCUUAUAAGCUGGGGAGUCACGGGUCACAAAACUUCCCAUUUCCCCUUAAAAGGAGAAAGGUAAAACAUACAUUCCUUCCAACU